GGACGCCAUCUUUGUCGAGGGCAGAGCAGCUCUCCAUUGAGGAAGAACGCACGCACAUUGCCGUUGCAGCAGCUCAGUCCCUACAGAAAGGGGUUGAUGGUGCUUUGCUGUUGAAAUUCGCAGACAGACACUUCAUUACUGACGGUCGUCCACCGACUACGGGAUCAGCUUCCCCCAGACUUCCAAUAAGACCCACUCUUCCCAGUUGGAGACCAGCUCCACCCAGCACACCCAGCAGCCAUGGCAGAUGAUUCGGAUAUGCGCAAUGAGCUCUCUGACAUGCAGCAACGUGCAGACCAGCUGGCCGAUGAGUCACUGGAGAGCACCCGCCGUAUGCUGCAGCUUGUGGAAGAGAGUAAAGAUGCUGGUAUCAGGACUUUGGUUAUGCUGGAUGAGCAGGGAGAACAACUGGAACGCAUCGAGGAGGGAAUGGACCAAAUCAAUAAGGACAUGAAGGAUGCAGAAAAGAAUUUGAACGAUCUAGGAAAAUUCUGUGGUCUUUGUUCCUGUCCAUGUAACAAAAUGAAGAGUGGAGCCAGCAAGGCCUGGGGAAACAACCAGGAUGGAGUGGUUGCAAGCCAGCCCGCCCGCGUGGUGGAUGAGCGCGAACAGAUGGCCAUCAGCGGGGGCUUCAUCCGCAGGGUAACAGAUGACGCAAGGGAAAAUGAGAUGGAUGAGAACUUAGAGCAGGUGGGAGGCAUCAUUGGUAACCUGCGCCACAUGGCCCUUGAUAUGGGCAACGAGAUUGACACCCAGAACCGCCAGAUCGACAGGAUCAUGGAGAAGGCUGAUUCCAACAAGACCAGGAUUGAUGAAGCCAACCAGAGGGCCACAAAGAUGCUCGGCAGUGGCUAAGACGCUGGUCUGCCUGCUUUUACCAUCUGUGCAGUUUGUCAAAAGGCAAUGCGCUUAUCAUGGUAUUUACCUUCUAGGUUUGCACACAUGCACAUAUCACCCGGCCCCCAUUGUAAAUGUCGUUCUAUGUGUCGUCUGUCAGCUUUUUCAAUGAUUGUCCUCGUAAAAUUAUUUCUUAUACUCUGUAUCAUUCUUUCCAAAGGUUGUAUAUAGUGCUGACUCGAUGGCUCUUGCUCACUUGUGAAGUUUUAUUCUCUUUAUUGCCUGUAUACAUAUAUGUAUGUAUGUAUACAUAUAUCUGCUUGUAUGUGUAUACAUAUAGUGUCUUUCCUUUUCAGUAUAUCUCAGUAUCGUCUUGGUAAAACUGUGUCACACCAUUCGGCUACUGUCAUGCUCCUUAUUUUGACGUUGUCAUGACAAUGAAGAAUGGGAAAAAAGAUUUUGCAAAUGAUCUUAAUACAACAAGCACUUACAAUCAAUGUCAUUGGUUCAUAUCCCUCAUCACAACCAUGAUCAGUUACUGUUUAGACAAUGUGCAACUAGAUUCUGUAGCUGUUGUAGUAAAAACACUGCAUUCCAAGUGAUGUGAAUUGUGCGUUAUGCAUGACAAAUGGUAGAUCUUAGCGUCUUAUAAAUAAAAUUUGUUUUAAAAAGAUGACAAAAAAAAAAAAUCAUGGCAGUAGCAAAAUUGACAAAAGCAUGCUCAGUAUUAGGACACAGUGGAACGUUCCAUAUUACCGCAAGUUUGCAAUAGUGCCACCAUUUCAGUCGGUAUAUAUUCACAGAUUGUGACCUUUGUUGUAAAAUAAUGCAAAAGUGACUUAAAAAGGAAAUGUGAUGGCAACGAAACAAGGCUGGUGUGGUGGUCCUGCAAAAAUGACUUGUUUUCUAAAAUGAAUAUGCAGUUUGGUGUAGAAAAUGAUGUUCUGAAAGGUGGGGACUGGUUGUUUACUGUAUCAUAGGUUUUGGAUGCUCUGAAAAAAAUAAAUAAAUAAUUUGCAAUGUAAAGCAAAAGACGCAUAUUUCUGAGAGACCUUACUUUUAUAAGAAGAUGUAUCCUGUUAGUUUACUUUCCCCGUGUGGUUUGUUGUUGGUAAAAAACUAUAAUAAUCCAUAACAAAAAAAAGUUAUUUUUGUUGCUUCUGUACUAAGAGCUAUGCACACCAAAUCACUAAGAUGUUGAAUAAUUAUUAUAAGAAGUCAAAUAAAUACCUUACCUGAAUGAUACAUAGGUUAAACUGUGAGAUUGAUGUCCUCAACGCAUGUAAUAUUAAAACUCCCUCUGUAUCCUGUCAGUCUGUGAAGUGGUUGACAUUUUGUAGCUAGCUGAAUUGAUUAAAAGUAAUAAACCCCUAA